UUGGAGGUUUUGGAUGUUGGGACGAUUGUUUAGAAGGAUCGGUUUGUUUUAUCUGUAAGACUGGUGACUUUCAUCCACGUGAAAUCAUUUUACCAUAAAAGAGAGAGAAACAUCUACUACCUCAAGUUUGAACUUCUUGUGGAAUGCAAUAGAGCAGUUUGUAAAUGUGAAAUUUAGCGGAUGCAGCCGAAACGAAAAUGGCGGCGAGUACAAACUGAAGUACUAAAGUGGUACUAGGCAACCAUGGCUAUUGCUGGCUGUGAUUUCCGACAAGGAGGCGUUACGUUUGUGUGUGCUUUUGUGACCAUCUAAUUUAUAUCAUGGUUGUUACUGUGUUAAGAGGAACGUGGUUUGCUAGUGGAUAAAUACGUCUCCCCACCAUCGAAUUUCAAUUUGACCGGUUGAUGAACAAUUCCUCGUUGAAACAUAGUCAUUAACGAACCAAAAUGAACUCUUCAAAGCCUAAAGACGCCGACAAGAUCACAGAGGCAUGUUGCAUGGCCUUCACACCACAGAGCUCGCCUACCCGUGGUGGAGAGGUGAUUUUUAUAACAUUUUCAGAUGAAUUUCCUCUGCCAGAUAAUGGAGACUUUUAUAUGGUAUUUGAAGGAAAAAAACAGCGACAUGUAACAACAGCGCAGCAAAUAAAUACAUUCACUCUUCGUGCCAUUGUACCAGAUCAUGAUCAAGCAGAGAAAGUUACACUUACUGUUUAUUGUGCCCAGGAAAGCAAAGUCGGACCUCUUUCAUCGCACAAGUUUUUAUACCUGCUUGAAACAGAGCAGAUUAUUGCAAAACUUUUAGCAGACAGUGCAUCAGACAGCAAGCUGUUUGAAUGCUUAUCAUCGCUGUCCUUGAUAUCAAAUGCAGUGUCCAAGGAGUACAGAGACACCUUAGAUUCCAGAAUAACAAAUGCAUUUGAAUUCUUGGAUUUGUCACCCACUUGGUCAUUAUUUGGAGAGAAUGGAGUAGAGAACUUUCAGAAUGAAAAUGGUCAGGAAACAUUACUCCAUCUUUCAGCACGUCUAGGAUUUUCUCAACUGGCAACAUAUCUGCUUGACCAGCCAGGAUCAAUGGAGGCUCUUCAUAUCCAGGACAAGUCAGGCAAAUUACCAGAAGAAAUAGCUCGGGAGAAGGGAAUGAAGUUACUUGCUGACAUGUUUUCAAGAGGUCCAGGUGAUUGUGAAAAGAGGACUGUAAAAGACAUGUCUAAACCACAGGUCAAAAAAAGCGAGCUGGGUACCACCACAAUAUCCAGUUAUAAAACUCAACAUCAGAACUCUCUUGAAAAAGAUAUUGAAAUGCUCCAAAACAUAAAUUCAUUGGUUGAAGAGGAAAUGAAGAAAAGAGUACCAAAGUUUCGUCAUUCUUGGCCAGUUCGAAGAAAAAAUAAGGACACAACAGAAGAUGCAUCUAGCAGUGAUGAGGAAAUAAAGCAAAUCAACAGGGAGCUUUCACCAAAGAAGUUCACAGGUCAGCUGAACAGUAUGACAUCAGCAAGGAGCAGUGGAGGUGGUAAUAGGCAACUGUUAGAACAAAAUCUCAAAAGACUGAGAGACAUCAAUGAAGAAAUACAGAAGCUCAGGAUGGUUAAUUCACAGAGAGGCUCUAGAGAGGCUGGAAGAAGUGGUAUGCAGGGAAAGAAUUUACGUCGCUUGUCCUGUCCAUCAUUAAGUGCACAGGACCUACAACAAGCCCAAGUUAUUGCAGGAAUGAAAUCUAAGGAGGAGAAAUCAAUUGUGAAUGGUACUGUUGAUCAAAAGGAUCGUAAGGCAAGCCCUCUUGGUAUUAAUCUUAGAACUUCUCCAGAUAGAACAAGAGAAACUACUCAGAGACAAGAGGAUACCUCUAAUAGUGCAGACGAUAAACUUCUCUCUGUGGAUUGUAAAAGUGAUGUACGACGGGCACAUAGCUGGGGGAAACACGAAGAGAGGCCUGAACUGAAUAAGAGAGUUAGCUCAAGCCUUGAUGAUUUAACUAAAGAAGCUGACUGCGAAGAAAAAGUUGAAAAUGACAAACCACGGAGCAGGAUACAUGCUCUCAAAAACAAAAGACCUGUAUCAUUGAAUCUUGACAGUCCCAAGGAAGAGGGGAACAAACUUGCAGAUAUUUUAGAUUCUAUAAAGAAGGCCAGUGAUGAUAAACAAAACUUGGGUAAAGCUUCAAGCAGUGUGUCGAUAACUUCGCUAACAGAUGUUGAUGUCAAUGUGAAUCAUAAGGACAACGGUCUUCUUUCUCCAAACAAAAGUAAUCUCCAUACAAAAUCAUAUUCAUACAGUUGUUUGGCUGAUCUUAAACUUGGAGAAGAUGGAAAUCCUAUAGAAGACAAAAGGCUUGGAUCCCAAUUUAGCCCCGAGAUUCAGAAGAGAAGUCUUUCCAAGGCUGAAACACAGAUGUCUUUGAUGGACUUCUUGAAUGAUGAUCAAAAAAGACGACACCUGCGUUUAACCGCUAAAACACCAAAGAAGUGGAAUUCCUUGCAUGCUCUAGCUACGAUAAGGGAAGCUCAAGAGAAAGCCAGUAACAGAUUGUCACUGGAAGAAUUUCUCGGCGUAAAUGGUCCAGAAUUAAGUGCGGAUGAUUCAGAAGAAGCGGAAAAGGAAAAGCAGGAACCUGGAAAGGGUAUCAGACGCUUUAGCAUGCUGUUUGGAAGCAAGUCCUCAACUAAGCAGUUAAAACGAGAACUUCCAAAGAUUCAGAAAGGGAGCAACAGAAGCAGCCUUAGAAAAGAAAAAAGCUUCUGUUCCGGUAUUACCUAACCCUGGAUUAUUAACACGGGGUGGUCGAGGCGGCAUGUCUUCCAGAUCCAGCGUGCAGACCAAACCAACUUCUCCUCUUCCAUUUCGAAGUAAGAGCUUCACAGUGGAUGAUGAAAACAAAGACAAAGACAAGGGAAAGGACAAAGAUAAACCCAAUUCGAGUGUGUCACCGGAUGCGUCUGGAGAUGACGAAGAUUAUGAUGAAGGGGAAAUGGACGAUGAGCAUCCAGGCGAUCCUGAUCUUGACAUUAAACCUGAACCAGAAGCUUGGAGCGUUAGCAUCGACAAGAAGAUUCUCAAAAGGAUGACAGCAAAAGAUAUUAAGAGACAAGAUGUGAUUCAUGAAUUAAUACAAACUGAAGUCCAUCAUGUGAGGACUCUAAAAAUUAUGCAGAAGAUAUUUUAUAAGGGAAUGUUAGAUUAUCUGUCGCAAGAUACUGCUUAUCAGAUAUUACCGAGACUCGAUGACUUGCUUCAGAUAAAUGGCGACUUUUUAAAUCGACUGAGGGCAAGUGAAGACCGCGAAACUAUAGUUAACAGUAUUGGAGAUAUCUUGGAAGAACAGUUUAGUGGAGAAAACGGUGAAAAAAUGAAGAGUGCGUAUGGUGAGUUCUGCAGUAAUCACAUGGAGGCUGUUGAGCUUUAUAAGAAAUUACUAAGAACGGAUAAAAAGUUUGCGGUUUUUAUCAAGAAAUGCAACGCAAACAAGUACUGUCGACGGCUGUCAAUCCCAGAAUGUAUCACGCUUGUCACUCAGAGGCUUACCAAAUAUCCUAUGCUCAUCGAAGCUAUCGUGAAAACUACUAAGGAGUCCAAACCGGAUUUUAGCUCGCUUAAGAACUCCAUCACUCUUAUUAAGAUGAUAUUACAAAGUGUCGAUCAGACGAUAAAGGAUUACGAAAAACAGAAGUUACUUCAAGAAAUGAAAUUGAAGCUGGAUUUGAAAGUAACUGUUAACUUCAAGAAUGGAAAAGUUAAGAACAUCGACUUCGCAGCAAACACAAGCAAACUGGUGCACGAUGGUGUGUUAAUGUGGAAAACAGCCAAGAACAAACUGAAUGAAACUCGAGUCCUUGUCAUGGAAGACAUGUUGGUUUUCCUCCAGGAGAAGGAUCAGAAAUACAGUUUGCUGUCAUUAGAUCAGAAGGCCCCAGUUGUGAGGCUUAAAAAGCUCAUUGUGCGGGAGGUCGCAACUGAUAGAAAAGCCAUCUUUCUUGUGAGCCCCAGCAGUCAAAUACCAGAGAUGUACGAAAUAGUGUGUGAAUCGGCUGCCGAAAAGAAACGUUGGAUGGAGAUAAUUCGCGAUGCUGUGGCCAACGCCCCAGGAGAUGAAAAUCUUGAUGACUCUAGUCUCAUCACCACAGCUGCAGGCGAACGAAGGAAGAUUAUAUUACGUAGAGCCAGUGUACUUAUUGAUCAAGUACACAACAAGGACCUUGAGGACGCGGAUAGAGGAAAACAUUUAGCUGAGAUGCAGGAACUCGUCAGUCAAAUAGAGGCUAUGGAAAAAGAAAAGUCUAAAGUGGAUGCCGAUAAAAGCAAAGAACUGGCGAAGACGAAGGAGUGCCUGAUGACCACUAUGCAACAGGUGCAAUCUACAUUAUCCAGUGAGGAUCCUUCAUCUGAAGAGGCCCAAAGUGAUACUCAAGGGAGCUCCUCGUCCUUAUUUGUACCUGGAAUUGGACCCAAGAGGGCCGAGACUUUUAGUGGCUUCGAUAGCAAACUCAAACCCGAUAAUCUCAACAAAGACAACAUCAAUCGAGCGAGCUCUAUGAGGACUGAGAGACCUGGGAUGGGUUUCCCAUCCAGGCAGUUGCCGGGUGCGGUCAGUCCAGCUGGUGGAGCUAGUCCAAAGAUGAAACACAAGCGGCGGUCAAGCGGGGGAGGUGGAGGGUGGUCGUUCUUGAGCAAGAGCGGCGGAAAGGAGGACAAGGAACAGAGUGGAAGCACAGGUGAUUUAGCUUCUGAUUCGCCUUCCUCAUCUCCAAGUCAAACUCCUACACCCUCGCCGCUGCCCGGGCAAGAGCCUGACACCGCUACAGACAUCGACGGUGGAGUUAAGAGUGCGCGCUUUAGACCUGUAAAAGAACAAGGUGGCAAUACGUCACCUCCGUUGCAGAUCAAAGCUGACCAUCAACAAGGCAGGCUCAAGCAUAACCUCAGGGAACAAGUACAGCAACUAUCGUCACCGCGCGCUCAGCGCCAGACCCGCCCAUUUAUUAUUGACGAGGAGGACAAGGAACGAGAACAAAAAGACCAGAGUCCAGAAGGUGCUACCCAAGACGUUAUUUAUUUCUGAUAGAUAUGGCUAUGACAAAUACUUUUUUUUCAUUUAGGAGAUAUUCACAUAAAUCAAACUUAGUGAAAAAGUGUAAAUAGAAGCGUGCGAUCAGAAAAAAAAAUGUAUGUACGUUAUAAAAUUCUUUUGUAAAUUGACUUGGGUACAACAAAGUGAAUCAUCGUUUUAAUAUAAGGACGCAGAUAGUUUAACAAUGACAACACGUGAUUUAUGGUCACUGGUUAGAAAACAAUCGGAUAACACCGUAGCGAUAGAUUUCAAUCACUUAUUAGGUAGACGCUGUGUGAAAAGGUAUUGGUAAAUACGUCAUCUUUUUCAUGCUCUUCAAAUCUUCGUAGAUUUCGUAUUUCUUCUCCAUGCGUGAAAGGGGUGAAUAAAUCCUAUUUUUGUACAAUUUA